CCUAAAGCCUGUCGUAGUCGCGAAUUGCGUUGUGGCAUUAUGUACACGACAUGCGAUUGUAUUAAACGUAACGGUCUGCAAGAUAAAUGCCCACGUUCGCUGUGCCAAGGUCGUUCAGCUUGUAUGUGUUUCCCAACACCUAAUUGUUGCCCUAGUUCGUUUCCUCUACGCUAUGCCAAUAUGACUAUGGGUGUGAUUAAGAAGAAAAAUACAAAUAAUCGUCGUGCAGGAGGAGGCAAUGGCAAUGGUAAUGGUAACGGCAGUUGUUGCAGUAACGGCAAUUGUUGUAGCAGCAACGGCGGUGGUUGCACAUGGAACCCAUGCAGCGAUCCAGCUUACUGUGGAUUAUCCAAUCCGCAAUGUGGAGCCCCAUCGCCAAUACCAUGCUCACCAACACCAAGAUGUUGCCCACCCUUACCUGAAGGUGGCAUACCAGAUCCACGAGUAUGGAAUAGCUGCAAUACGCCGCAAGUUUAUCCCUGUGGCUUUUAAUAGUGGACGAGCAUUUUCUAUCGCCGCUGGUUGUGCCUGGCCGGCUAACGGAAACGAAACUAAUUAUUGAUGAUCAAAAACCCUGAAAAUUGCAGC